UCCCGGAAGUGUUCGUGUUUACAGCACGGUAGCAUAGCAGUCUAUUUUGACAAGCCAUGCGAGGUAGUUUGUUUCUUGCUUUUAAUAAGCAUAAUAUUUGACAACUUUUGUUAUUCGCUUAAAAUGAAAUUAUAUUAAAGCGCUUUAUGGUUCUUUGGGAGCGGUUAGGCUGCGGUGAAACGUAGCAAUGGCAACGCAGCCAGGAAACUAAAACGCUGGCUAACCCCCAUUAGGCAGCCAACUGACAGGCGUGGGGUGAGAGGGAGCCAUGGGCGCCGAGAGCAGCACUGUGCGAAGCUGCACGCCGGAGGAGCCGCUCCUGAGUCUGCCCUUUGGACUCACCAUGUUCUCUGCGGUACUGCAGGACGGACGAGCCGCUUCCGUGUUUGUUCACGAGCGUGGCAAUGAAGAUAAGGUCAACAAAGCGGCUAAGCACCUGAAGACCCUACGGCACCCGUGCCUGCUGCGCUUCCUGUCCUGCUCAGUGCAGGACGGCAGCAUCCACCUGGUGACUGAGCGUGUAAAACCUCUGGAGCUACUGCUGGACAGCCUCUCCCCUGAAGAAAUCUGUGCUGGAAUCUACGACCUCUUGCAGGCGCUUGUCUUCCUGCACGAGAGGGGUAAAUCGAGCCACAACAAUGUGUGCAUCUCGUCCGUUUUUGUCAGUGAAGAUGGACAUUGGAAGCUAGGAGGGAUGGAGACGGUCUGCAAGUUCUCUGAAGCAACUCCAGAAUUUCUUGCAAGCAUUCAGAACGUGAGAGAGGCUGGCUUUGUUCCUCCAGAAGAGCAGGUGGACGGCUUUAAAAUGCUUCCAGACAAACAUGCUCACUCUCGAGACUGUUAUUCUUUCGGCUCAAUGCUGGAGGCCCUCCUUCCUCUUUUAAAUGGUUAUGUGUCACAGGAGCUGUCCGACAGUCUGAUAAAGACCCUGCAGGCGGGCCCGAAGAACUCUGACCCCGUAUGUCGGCCUCCCCUCAGAUCCCUGCUGACUCAUGAUUUUUUCAGGAACGACUUUCUGGAAGUGGUCAACUUUCUGACCAGCCUUACUCUGAAGACCGAGGAAGAAAAAAACGAGUUUUUCAAGUUUCUCCUCGACCGAGUCCAGAACCUCCCAGAGGAGCUAAUUGCUACACGUCUUGUCCCCAAUCUCCUCAACUCCCUGGUAUUUGCCGAGCCAAUGGCCGUCAAAAGCUUCUUGCCACAUCUCCUAAAGCCAAAGAAGGAUACUGGUAGCGAUGAAUGCCUGCUGUCUGUGGCUCUUUACCGCAAACACGUCAUCCCCCAGCUCCUCAAACUCUUCAAAGUCAACGAGGAGCACAUGAGGAUUGUGCUGUUAGCACACCUGCACAUCUACGCGCAGUUCUUCUCCUAUGAUGAGCUGAAGAUUCAGAUCCUACCUCAGAUUUUGCUCGGAAUGAGAGACACAAACGAUGCUCUGGUUGCCAUGACGCUGCAGAGUCUGGCUGUGCUUGUUCCUCUGCUCGGAGCUCACGUGGUGGUUGGAGGAGAGAGAACCAAGGUCUUUAAACGCACCACCCCCAAAUUUACCAGAUCUGCUGAGGCCACCCCGGAAACAUCACCCAUCCAUAUUGUUGGAGACUCACACCCUCAGAUGGCACAACCAUCAAAAGUUUUGAAUUUGUUCCCCAGACCACCAGGAACUGGAAACCCCAUCAAAGGCAACACAGGAAGCUUUUUGGGGAAAACAAAUUACCAGCUGGAACCAAAAUUAGGCAUCGGUAAAGAUAUGUCGCUGCCUUUAAAUGGCUUCCGUAAGGGCGGUGACAUGGAUUCUUACAGCACAGAGGAGCCAGCACACACCCUCAAAGGCCCUGCGGCGGACUGGCCCGACUGGAGUGACGCAGACGAGGGCGAGGACCGAAAAAGCGAGCCAGUCCAGAUCCUCAUCGAGGCCUCGGGGAGACCGGCACCAGUCACCAGAACACACCAAAGCGCGGAAGAAGACGAGCCUUGGGAUGACUUUGAGGACACUGAAGCAACCUCCGAGUCCUCUCCUGCUGCUGCUCCACCAUCAGACCCCGUCAUGUUCACAACUCCACCCGUGAAACACGCCACCGAACCUCUAAGACUGGGAUUGUCCAAACAUCUAAAACUGAGCUCAACGACGCGACCGUCCAAUCAAAGCAAGACUGCGUCAUCAUUGGACAGUGUUUGGACUCAAGAGGAGAGCACCGCUGACCUUCACCCAGCAGGGCCUCGGAAACACAGAAAUGUCGGAGGUCUUGGGGAGGAGUUCACCAUUAAAGUGAAGAAGAAGCCACAAGUUGACCCAGAGCUGGAUUUGUUUGCGGACAUGGUGCCGGACAUCAAGUUGUCGUCCCCGGCUCUGUUGACACCAGGAGACAGAGGUGACGCAGGACGGACAGCAGAAAACUCAGCCUUUGACACAACAACAACGCUCUCUGCCAAGUUUGCAGCUGCCAGUGUAACCGAGACUGAAGCAGACGGCUGGGACGAUGGCGAGGACCUCAACUGGGAGGAUGAGAACGGUUGGGGAUGACAAUCAGGAAGCAGCAGUGCUACACUCAAAGUACCUAACAGCUUCUCUCCCCUUGCCCACAUGACUCUGAAGGAGUGUAUAUGUGUGUUGGUUCUUAAGACAUUCUCACAAGUCCAAGUGAUUUCUAAGUGGAGGACAUUAGUGAAGCCAUUUUUAAUUGCUUGCCAAGUGAGUAGAAGCUGCUGACUUCUACAGCAAGUGGAGGUGAAAGGUGCCAUGGUUACCAAGGACAAAUGAGGCUCCAGAUCUUCAUUUUUAUGGCAAGAGGUUUGAUAGCCUGAAUGGUUGCACCUUGAAUGAAUGUGAAGUAUGAAAUAAUUUAUUUGUGGCUUUUUGGUUGUGGGGAGAAAAUAUGAUUUUGUAUCAUGGUUGUGGAGAAAAUGUAUGCUAGUGGCCAUCAAUGGAUUAAAGCACAAUUAAUGUGUAAUAGUGCCACCUAGUGGGGAAAUUGAUCAAUUCCAUCUCAUUUAGUUUGAAAUAGUGCUGAACAUUUUUCUAAUAAAAUAUGAAUACACAAUGA